UCCUGCUGUCACGCAGGCAAACAAAGUUUCCAGCGUCUUGUCACUGCUGGGUCUGAUUUUCACUUUGCGAGGGGAAAGCUAGACGCUAUCAGCCGGUCUGAUCGCUCCGGUCUCUGCUCGGUGCAAGCUCAACAUCGAGACAAAUCUCUGGACCGAGCCUUGACGACGACCCGCCACGCACAUGAUCAGAGCAACCAUGGCAGCUGCUCCCACCAUCUCUGGCACCGGAAAAGGGAAGCCAACAAUGGCUGACUUAACUGAUGCUGUCGACACCAAUAUUGGUCUAGAUGAAAGCAUGAUGGCCUCUGUGCUGUCAGCACAACCAGAUGAAGUAAGGAUUGACUUUAACAAAGGCGACAGCAACAGCCGGGUUCCCUCGGGCUUGCCUGGUCCAGGGGAUGAGCACGGAUUAGAGGUUGACAGCAUAGCCCACACGCUUGCUAGUGCCAAGCUUGCAACGCCAACGGAGUCUCUCAGCUCCGCUUCAGGCCUUGCGGGCGAACCAGGGACAACAUCGCCGGAGGGGCAACGGGUUCAGGAGACUCUCGCACAUCGAUCAUCGUCAUCAGCCCCAACAGACGCUGCUACAGGAGCUCGCCAUCACCACCUGUACAUCGGCAAUUUGUCGCCCAAAGUGUCCGAGGAGCACCUUCGCAGCGUGUUUAGUGAAUUCGUGCCCGUGGUGAACGUCAAAAUUUUGAUUCAUCACCACCCUCAGUAUCUGCCUCAUCAUGGCAUGUAUGCUCCAUACGGGCCAGCCGGACUUUUGGCUCCACAAAUGGUUCCAGGCGCCAGCAACUACGGCUUUGUUGAAGUGGAAGAUUCGCAAGGUGCCGAGAAGGCGGUCCAGCACCUCAAUGGCAGAUCGAUGUUCGAUAUGCCCAUCAAGGUCAGCUGGGCCAAACAGCAGCGGGGUCCCACGAGUUCUGCGCAAGGCAGUAAUACUGGACCUUCUAGGGCUCGUGAUACGGAGGCAGGCGCAUCCCAGCAGGAUGACACUAUCACUUCUGCUGGCGCACCGGGUUCGUUCACCGCAGGUCUCCACCACGUCUUUGUCGGAGACCUUUCCGCUGAAGUCAACGAUGCUCGUCUCCGCGAACACUUUGUCAGCGCCCUUCCUUCGCUCCACGAAGCACGGGUCAUGUGGGACAUGCACAGCGGAAAAUCGAGAGGCUAUGGAUUCUUGGCAUUCAAGACGCGGGAGGAUGCUGAGGAGGCGAUUCGGACGAAGAAUGGAGACUGGCUCGGUGGAAGGGCUAUUAGAGUAAAUUGGGCGAACCAAAAGGGCGGUGCGAAUGCCCAAGCUGCUGCUGCAGGAUUCACACUAUCCAUGUCCUCGGCCAUGUCAGCUACGAACGCCACGGUCAAUGCCAUCGCUGAAGCUGGCGCCGGGCAGGGUGCAGCGUCUCGAACGCAGUCGAAGAUAGGGUGGGGUUCUGCUGCCAGGAACAACAGACAGCACUCGGUGCAGCAGCAGGUGGCUAUGCAAGUGGGUCUAGCACGUGGACCGAUGAACAGUUACAACACACCAGUUUAUGCGUUCGGGCAGACGCCACCCGUUGCUACUGGUCCGCCUCGUCCUGCAUCAGUGCCUGUAUCAGUUCCUGCUCAGAUGGCUGGUAGUUCUGGUACGCGGAAAGCGUCUUUCACAUCCAACGCCCCGUCGUCAACCCACUCGCAGGCUCCACAUGGCACCUCCCCGUCGCUCUCAUCUACGCACACGCAUGAUGUCAACCUGCUCGCGUCGCCACAGCCUCCGCUCACGUUCGAGGCUGUGCUCAGCCAGACGCCUCCGUACAAUACGACGGUCUACAUUGGUAAUAUGCCGCCACAGACGACGCAGCAGGAGAUCACGUCCCUGUUCCAGAACCUUGGCAUCAUCAUCGAAGUGCGUAUGCAGUCGGACCGCGGCUACGGGUUCGUCAAGCUCGACACCCACGAGAACGCGGCGCAGGCGAUCGUGCAGCUCAAUGGCACCGAGUUUGGAGGCAGGCAGGUCAAGUGCGCUUGGGGCAAGGACCGACAGGAAAGCUUGACUGCAAUGAGCAUCAGACCUCCUGGAGCAACGCAUCUGCACCCGAACGGGACUGGGCAUCCAGCUGCUGCGGCUGGGAUCCAGAUCCCGCCAGGAAGCAUGGGUAUGAUGUACGGCGUCAUGCCACAGUUCGGCUUCGGAGGCGGUUUCGCCUACCCGGGUAUGAUGCCGAUGGCUGCACAAGUCGGCUUUGGACACCAUGGCGGACUGGGCCCUCACAUUCCCAACAUGGCGGCUGCCGCACAAUUGCAACGGCAGAUGGCUGCCAUGCAAGCCCAGGCCGAGGCACAAGCUCGAGCCGCCGCACAUGCUCAACAUCACCACCACCAGCAGGCUCCUCAGCCGCCCUACGCCCCGCUGAGCGCAUCUCCCGCCGCCUCAUCCAUGCAAGCUCACGGACCCGAGACAACGACGCUCCGUCAAGUACCGCAGCAUCCGCCCACUGGCGGCGAAUCUGCAGGCUUAGCAGCCUCGAGCAGCACGCAAGGUACGCCAGCGUUCUCCGGCCCGCAUUCUUGGCAACUCGCUUGGCAGCAGAGCUGAUGCGUCUUCCGCUCUUCUCUUCGAUCGAAAUUCUGUUUUCCUUGGUAAUGCUGCAGACUUGAGCCUCACGGACCCUCUACAAUUCUAUCCUGGGCCGUACUCUUCCUACAGAGCCAGCUAUGACUCCCUCAACGACUUGAGACAAUGAACAAUUCUCGAACUUCGCCGACGACAGGCCGACAGAAUGGUGUAUCUGACUUCGGCGAGAAACUCCCCAGCGAUCGCCCCUGCUCCUA